AGAUCAAUAUGUUUUGUUUGAACACUUAACUUUUGUGCACUAUAGAUCCCUUUUGUGGGUUGGGCCAGCACUUCUGUUUUCUACCGCUACUGGAAUUAGUGUGCUAGGCUGGGAUGGAAAAGUUAGGACCAUUGUCUCAAUUAGUAUGCCAAAUUCAGUUUUGGUUGGCGCUUUGAAUGAUCGCUUAUUGCUCGCUAACCCAACGGAUAUCAGUCCAAAACAAAAGAAAGGGUUUGAGGUUAAGAGUUGUCUUGUUGGGCUUCUUGAACCUCUUCUUAUCGGGUUUGCCACGAUGCAGCAAUAUUUUGAGCAGAAGCUUGACCUGUCUGAAAUAUUGUACCAAAUAACAUCAAGAUUUGACAGCUUGCGUAUAACUCCCCGGUCUCUUGAUAUUCUUGCCAAAGGUCCUCCUGUCUGUGGGGACCUUGCUGUAUCGCUAUCCCAAGCUGGACCACAUUUCACUCAGGUGUUGCGGGGCAUAUAUGCAAUUAAAGCUCUCCGGUUUUCUACUGCUCUAUCUGUUCUGAAGGAUGAAUUUUUGCGCUCUAGAGAUUAUCCAAAAUGUCCUCCAACCUCGCAUUUAUUCCAUCGCUUCCGGCAAUUGGGAUAUGCCUGUAUAAAGUAUGGACAGUUUGACAGUGCCAAAGAAACUUUUGAAGUCAUAGCAGACUAUGAAAGCAUGCUUGAUAUGUUUAUCUGCCACCUUAAUCCUAGUGCAAUGCGUCGUCUUGCUCAAAGAUUGGAAGAAGAAGAGGCUAAUUCGGAAUUGAGGCGAUAUUGUGAAAGGAUUUUAAGAGUCCGUUCUACUGGAUGGACACAAGGCAUUUUUGCCAACUUUGCUGCUGAGAGUAUGGUUCCGAAAGGACCUGAAUGGGGUGGUGGGAACUGGGAAAUCAAGACUCCUACUAACUUGAAGAGUAUACCUCAGUGGGAACUGGCUGCAGAAGUGGUGCCUUAUAUGAGGACUGAUGAUGGUCCCAUACCAUCUAUUAUUUCUGAUCAUAUUGGCGUUUACCUGGGCUCAAUCAAGGGAAGAGGCAAUAUUGUCGAAGUAACAGAAAAAAGUUUGGUUAAACCUUUCAUGCCUGCAGGAGCUGACAAUAAACCUAAUGGUCUUCAUACUACUUUAGCUAAAUCUAUGUCUAACAAAUCAAAGGGAGCGCCUGAUGGUGAUUCCAAGGUCAGUUCACUGAUGGGUCUGGAAACUCUUACAAGUCAAUAUGCUGGUUCCACUGCUGCUGAUGAACAGGCUAAAGCUGAAGAAGAAUUUAAGAAAACAAUGUAUGGUGCAACUGCUGAUGGUAGCAGCAGUGAUGAGGAGGGAGCAUCAAAAGCCAAAAAAUUACAAAUUAGAAUACGAGAUAAGCCUAUUGCAUCUGCUACAGUGGAUGUCAAUAAGAUUAAAGAAGCCACGAAGCAGUUUAAACUUGGUGACGGGUUGGGCCCACCUAUGAGGUCUAAGUCAACUAUUGGAUCCCAGGACCUUGGUCAGAUUUUAUCCCAACCUUCUCCUGCUACCAGUGGAAGUGCAGCCGCCCUUACAGGUUCUGCUCCUGUUGACCCAUUUGGUACUGAAUCUUGGGCACAACCUCCAUCAGUAUCACAGCCAGCUCCUACGGCUGCAGGUAUGGGAGCUACAGCUCGACCUAUUCCAGAAGACUUUUUCCACAAUACAAUUCCGUCGCUCCAAGUUGCUGCCACCCUGCCUCCUCCUGGAACUUCUUAUCUUGCAAAAUAUGAACAAGCUGCUAGAGGCAUUGAAAGUAGCAAUGUAAUACCUAACCAGGCAAGUGUAUCUGCCGCUGAUAUUGGUCUCCCUGGUGGUGGUAUUCCCCCACAAGCUCCUCAGCAACCUGCAAUUCCAGUUGAGUCCAUUGGACUUCCUGAUGGUGGUGUUCCACCACAAUCUUCUGGUCAGGCUCCUUUCCUGUCUCAACCUCAGGUUCAAGCUGCUCAGGUCCCACCUUCCACACAACCUCUUGAUCUCAGUGCCCUUGGAGUUCCAGAUUCUGGGAAAGCCACUACUCAUCCCGUUUCUCCGCCAGCAUCAGUCCGCCCUGGACAGGUUCCUCGUGGGGCAGCUGCUCCAGUAUGUUUCAAGACUGGUCUUGCUCACCUUGAGCAGAAUCAACUUCCAGAUGCACUAUCUUGUUUUGAUGAAGCUUUCCUUGCACUAGCUAAGGAUCAGUCUCGAGGCGCUGAUAUUAAAGCUCAAGCAACCAUCUGUGCACAGUACAAGAUAGCAGUCACUCUUCUGCAGGAAAUUUUACGACUGCAGAAAGUUCAAGGCCCUAGUGCAAUCAGUGCAAAAGAUGAAAUGGCUAGACUGUCACGUCAUUUGGGUUCUCUACCUCUUCAGACAAAGCACCGAAUAAAUUGCAUUCGAACUGCCAUUAAACGGAACAUGGAUGUUCAGAAUUUUGGAUAUGCCAAACAGAUGCUUGAGCUGCUUCUGUCCAAAGCUCCUCCGAGUAAGCAGGAUGAGUUGAGGAGUCUGAUUGACAUGUGUGUUCAGAGGGGUUUGACCAACAAGUCUAUUGAUCCAUUAGAAGAUCCCUCUCAAUUCUGUGCUGCCACACUUAGCCGUCUGUCUACCAUUGGAUACGAUGUCUGUGAUCUUUGUGGGGCCAAAUUUUCAGCGCUUUCAACACCUGGAUGCAUUAUCUGCGGUAUGGGAAGUAUUCAAAGAUCAGAUGCAGUUGCAGGGCCUGUUCCUUCACCAUUUGGCUGAGAUUGAAGAUUUGCAAAAUUUUUUGCUUUAUUUUGUCCCAUUAGGGCUUCUUACUGUCACCCUCCCUCAUCAUACCACUGAUUCAGAAAGAAUGAGCCAUUUAUUAUAGAGGAAGCUACAUAGCAUCGCCAAUUGGUAUAUAGUGUAAUUUUAAAUUUGUUUGUAAAUGAUUGUUUCUCUUUUUACAUAUUUUACCACCGUCUUCACUUGUUUGUUGUAAUAUGUGCUUGCUCGGUUUCUAAAUUCUAAUGGAAGACAUUAAUAAAAAAUGCAUUCACAGUUUUGUAAGCUA